GGUAUACGGAGUAUUAAUCUUCUGAAAGUCCAAACCUCAAAGCCCAAGAAAUUCUCUAAUGAAGAAUUGAGGAUUGACACAACAAUACACAAAACAUAAAGAACACCACCACCUGUUGUCCACUUCUGGAGAGAGAAUCACCUGUAAAUUUCAUGUACUAUAUCAUUUGAAAGCUUGAUAGAGAAGGAGAGAGGAGAGAACGAAGACAGACGGAGAUACAUAUUUUACUUCUCUUCAGCUGUCGAAUCGCUCUUCUUUCUCGGGAUUUUUUUUUGGGAAAGUUUUCUGUGAAUUUGCUGAUUUUGAAUCUAUAUCAUUAAAAAGAAUCGAAGAAAUUGAGGAAUUCAUUGUGUUGUUUGUUUGGUAGGGUAAAAGAGAACGUUGUUUUGUUCGGAUUAUUUGAUUGUUGACAGCUUAUUAGAUUUUAAAAUAGCAUUAGGGUUUUCUAAAUUUUUUUGGCUUUCUUCAAGGUGGAUAUUGGUAGUUGACCCAAUGAAUGUGGUGGGUAAGGUUGGGAGUCUAAUAUCACAAGGUGUAUACUCUGUUGCCACACCAUUCCAUCCGUUUGGUGGGGCGGUUGAUGUAAUUGUUGUUCAGCAGCAGGAUGGGACAUUUCGCAGCACGCCUUGGUAUGUUCGGUUCGGUAAAUUUCAGGGUGUUCUUAAAGGGGCGGAAAAGAUUGUUCAUAUUAAUGUCAAUGGCAUUGAAGCCAAUUUCCAUAUGUAUCUUGAUAAUUCAGGGGAAGCAUAUUUUAUAAGGGAGGCUGUUUGUGGUAAAGAUGGUGAAGUGAAUAGGGUUUUAAAGGAUUCUGAUAGUCCAGAAGAUACACAGGAGAAUAGUACUAUAGAUUAUAAUAAUGAUGAUGAUAGUGAAAAGGAUAAUAUUAGUCUUUGUAGACAAGAGGGUAGUGUUUCUAAAAAUGGCGAGGUUCAAUUGCAAGAUGAAAAUGUUGCUUUGGGUGUGGGCAGAAUUGAGAGGACAGAAUCUGAUCUCGAAAGGAGAUUUUAUGAAUUUCAAGAUGAAAAUUCCUCUCUUGAAAAAUCGGUUGAAUCAUCAGAUUACGAGUCUAGUCAGUAUGAUAAUUUAGAUAGCUUAGGGCAUUUUGUGGAAUCACAGGAUUCAAAUUCAGAGGUGGUUUUGGUUAGUGUAGAUGGUCACAUACUCACAGCUCCCAUCUCCUCAUCAGAAACGAAUACUGAGAAUGUGCAGUUAAGCACACCACAGUUUCACUUGGGUCCGGGUCAGGAGACUGACUUCUGUGAAGGCAACACAGAUUUUAGCUUGGGGGAUGAGCCUUGGGCUGCUGGUUGUUUAGGUGAUUUAGACACGUCUACACCUGAAGUUCCUUCUGGAGACACCUGCAACAUAAGCAAAGAUAGUAAUACUACUGGGAACCACUUGGAAGUUUGUGAAGGAGAUGGGGAACAUGUCUGUCAAGCUCAAGAAAAUCAAAAUAUUGUAGGUCAGGAAAGAGAAUUUUGCAUAUGUAACAAUUUGGAACAUGCACCUGAUAGUAUUAAGAGGAGAGAUAUUUUUAAGAGCUGUUUAGAGCUAACAGAAUUGGCCAUGCAAGAUGGAAAUGCUGAUAACCAAGAUAUGGAUUCUCCAUUGGAGGUUCAUGAGAAUGCUGAAGAUUCACAAGAAAAGUCUCCUCACAGUUUUCAACAUGCAGAUGAAACUGAAGAUGGAGGUGCUGGUGACUUGAGAAAUCGAGAUGGAUUAUUUCCUUCUAAUUCUGAUUCUCUCAGCAGCCCAACACAUCUAGACUUACAGGUUGACGUCGAAUCAUCUGAGAAAAUUGCAUUGGGCACAGUUAAUACGGGUUCUGAUGGUGUGUCUGUUCUUUCUGUUAGUAAUGAUCAAGAACUGGAGGAAAAGACUGGUACAGCGUUGGCAGUAGAAGGGAUGCAAAGUAGUCUGCAAGGAACUGCUCUUAAAGAUGAAAGCAGUGAAAAUGAGAGUGUGGAACCUCAGACCACAACUACCAAUGAAGGGAUAACAAGUGAUUCAGGCAUAAGGUUUGAGAUCUCUCUUUGUGGGAACUUACUUCGAGCUGGUAUGGGUUUGAGUGGGGCUGCUGAAGCCUUUGAUGCACACAAAAUAUCUGAGGAUGAAUUCAAACUUUCUGCAGCGUCAAUUGUUAAGAAUGAAAACCUAGUAAUCAGAUUGGAAGAGAGAUACUUGCCUUGGAAUAAAGCUGCUCCUUUUGUUCUUGGAAUAGCUGCAUAUGGUUUACAUUUACCUGUUGAGCCCAAAGACACUAUUUCUGUGGAACAGGAUGAGACAUCAAAAUCCAAGGAUGAUGAUUCAGGACUCCCUUCUACGCCUUCUGGGCGCAGAUGGAGGCUCUGGCCAAUUCCAUUCAGAAGGGUUAAAACGCUCGAGCAUACUAGCAGUAACUCAUCCAGUGAGGAAGUUUUUGUUGAUAGUGAAUCUGGCUCACAGAAUCAACCUGUAGUACCAAGUCCAACAUCCCAUGGUGGCAGUGAGUCUCCUCACAAGCAACUUCUGAGGACAAAUGUUCCCACCACUGAGCAAAUAGCAUCUUUGAACCUCAAAGAAGGCCAAAAUAUGGUGACUUUCACUUUCUCUACCAGGGUCUUAGGAAUGCAACAGGUUGAUGCUCAUAUAUACUUGUGGAAGUGGAAUGCACGGAUUGUAAUUUCAGAUGUAGAUGGAACAAUCACCAAGUCCGACGUUCUUGGCCAGUUCAUGCCCUUAGUCGGAAAGGAUUGGACACAAUCUGGGGUAGCUCGACUUUUCUCUGCAAUUAAGGAGAAUGGAUAUCAACUAUUAUUUCUGAGUGCACGUGCAAUUGUACAAGCAUAUUUAACUAGAACUUUUCUACUCAAUCUCAAACAGGAUGGAAAAGCUUUACCUAGUGGACCAAUUGUUAUAUCACCUGAUGGUCUAUUUCCCUCAUUGUUCAGAGAAGUGAUAAGAAGAGCACCGCAUGAAUUCAAGAUCGCGUGUUUGGAGGAUAUUAGAGCACUCUUUCCUUCCGAUUACAAUCCAUUCUAUGCGGGCUUUGGGAACAGAGACACUGAUGAGCUAAGUUACAGGAAGAUUGGGAUCCCAAAGGGCAAAAUCUUCAUCAUUAACCCUAAGGGUGAGGUUGCCAUUAGCCAUCGAAUUGAUUUGAAGUCAUACACCUCUUUACACACUCUUGUCAAUGACAUGUUCCCACCAACUUCACUGGUUGAGCAGGAAGAUUACAAUUCAUGGAAUUACUGGAAAAUGCCGUUGCCAGAUGUUGACUGGUAGUUUAGUUUAAGCUUCCCCAACAAAGAAAGAUGUUCUGUGGCCUGGGUGGAUUGUGCUCAUCCUAACGUCCUUCCAAAUAUCUACCAAAUUCAUCCUAGAAUUCUUUGCCGGUGGGUCAUCGUUCUUUAUUAGCUCCGAUGUUAAAUUGUAACUUAUGAAAAAUUCUACUCAAAACACGAUUAUAAAGUUCAUUUAAUGAAUGAAAGUUCUUAAUAA